AUGUCAGACCUCACAGCACUCCCCAAGGGAUCUCUGCUCCUCGUCACCGGAGCCAACGGAUACAUUGGCUCUCACGUCGUCAACACGCUCCUCGGACUAGGCUACCGCGUCCGCGGAACGGUCCGCUCCGACAGGCCAUGGCUCACCGAGCUUUUCAAGAGCAAGCACGGCGAAGGGGUCUAUGAGCAGUACAUUGUUAAGAACCUCGACGACCCUGAGGCUCUUGGGCAGGCCAUGAAUGGCGUUGCCGGCGUUGCCCACGUGGCUUCCGACGUCUCCUUCACUGAUGACCCGAACGCCAUCAUUCCUUGGGUUAUCAAGGCAACCGAGAGCGCCCUGGCGGCUGCGGCGAAGCAGCCUUCCGUCAAGCGAUUCGUUCUCACCUCUUCUGCUUUCGCAGCCUCAAUGCCUAUCCCCGACAAGAAGGGUGUCUACAUUGACGAAAACUCGUACAAUGAGGCCGCCGUCAAGGCAGCCUGGGACCCGAACACUCCCCAGGAAAUCAAGGCAGCAAUGGUUUACUCGGCCUCCAAGACCGAGGGCGAGCGAGCUGCUUGGAAGUGGGUUGAAGAGAACAAGCCCGGUUACGUAUUCAACACCAUUCUGCCCAACUUCAACACUGGAGAGAUCCUCCACCCCGAAAUCGGGGGCUCGACCAUGGGCUUCGCCCGCAACUUGUUGAAGGGCGAGAUUGGCAUGCUCAAGGUUUUCAUGCCGCAAUACUACGUCGACGUCGUUGACGUUGCGCGUCUCCAUGCCAUCGCCCUCCUCGCCGAGCCGGUCAAGUCUCAAAGAAUCUGGGGUUCCGCGGAGCAAGUUACCACCGGUGACUUUAUUGACAUCGUCCGUGAGCUCAGGCCGGACAACAAGCUGAUCCCGGAGAAGCCCGAGAGUGAGGGCAAGGAUCUCAGUGAGGUUCCUCCGGCCGCCAAGGCCGGUGCCUUGUUGCAGAAGUACUUUGGCCAGGGCUGGACACCGUUGAAGGAGAGUCUAGAGGCUGGAAUCCGCGACUUGUAA